AUGAAUCGUUUCUGGGGUUCUUACAGGCCACAAGUAUACUUCGGGAUGCGUCACAAAGGCCAGAAAUCGUUAAUUACAGGACUUAUGUGGUUUGCAAAUGACAAUACCAAUGGACAAAUUCAAAUACGCCACGAAUGCAGCAUGGCUGAUAAAUUACCAAAAUAUGGUUGGUAUUCCCACGACGGUUCCUCAUAUGGUCGACAGCAGAUCACUGAUUUUGGCUACGAGAUUAAAACUGAUUUUGUUACGAGAUCAAUUGGCGAUUAUGGGGGCGAUUGGAGUGUUAGAAUUUCUAGCUCUAUAUUACCUGGUAGCCCGAAAAAUAGAGAAAUAACCCUGAUAUUCUACGUAGGCCAAGAAGGUACAGGUGAACUAUUUCCAGAACUUGAUGAUGACUACAACUUUACUGGAAUAACAGGAAAUUCUAAUAGGUUAAAGAAUUUCAAAAUUGCUUUUCGCACUGCUAGUAGUUCGCAAAAUAUCAAACUCCGCCGUUAUCUAUCAACAAAUACACCCUACUUUUAUUCGAUGAAGGAAUUCGUUUCGGCUAACAUGCGACCUAUUAAAUCUGAAAGAAAUGUCCGUUACUACGGACUAUUUGACGGGAGACCCACAAAUGAUCCUACUAAAUCACUUGCUGAUAAUCUUAUACUGUACCAGGUAACUGGUAGAAUUCCGAUUGAGUUCGAAAUUAUCUACGAAUCACAAGCGGCCGAUAACGUCCGAGCUUACCCGGUCUUAGAUAAUGCAUUAACGCAUUUAAUUAAAACUCGACAAGAAGAAUUCAAUAAAAAGUUUGAAGAAAAAUUUAAACUUGGUGCAUCGGGAUUUAACAACGACUACAUUCAAUUUGGAAAGGCCGCGUUAAGCAGUACAUUAGGUGGUAUAGGAUAUUUUCAUGGAGAAUCUAAAGUCAUAUCUGAAUUUUUCAAAGAUGCCACAGACUAUUUUGAAGCACCAUUAUUAACUGGUACGCCGUCGAGAUCAUUUUUUCCUCGUGGAUUUCUGUGGGAUGAAGGCUUUCAUCAGUUGCUAAUAUGUAAAUGGGAUUUAGAUCUUUCAAUGGAAAUCAUUGCCUACUGGCUAGAUUUAAUUAAUGCCGAAGGGUGGAUUCCCCGAGAACAAAUACUAGGAGACGAAGCUCGCUCUAGAGUCCCAGCGAAGUUUAUCGUACAAAAUAAUCGAAUUGCUAAUCCUCCUACACUCAUGCUAGCUUUACACUCUAUUCAAAGUGAAUUAGAAGCAAAGAAUAAGAAACUCUCUAAAGAACACCGCCUCUAUUUUCAGUUAUUAUUUCCGAAGUUACAUGCAUGGUUUAACUGGUUUAACUCAACACAAAGGGGCAAUAUUCCUGGAACAUUCCGUUGGCAAGGUCGAAGUGAAGAAGCUGUUAAUGAACUUAACGCUAAGACUUUGGCUUCCGGUUUGGAUGAUUAUCCAAGAGCCUCGCAUCCUUCUGUAGCUGAAGCUCAUGUCGAUCUAAGAUGCUGGAUGACUGCGUUUGUCGGUUACAUGCACCAUUUAGCAGUCACGGUAGAUAAACGUAAAGAAGCAAUCUACUAUGCUCGCCAAUUUGUGUCCUUGUCUGAUGUUUUGGAAUUAGAUAGAUUACAUUGGUCGCCCCGGACUGAAACAUAUUGCGAUUAUGGAAAUCACACAAAAUAUGUUAAAUUAAAAAAGGUCUUGAAUGCUCAAGGUCAGGUGCUAUAUACAAGAAGAGUAGUCUCUUCUAAGAAAGGCCCAUCCUUACGAUUUGUUCACCAUUUCGGAUAUGUAAAUCUAUUUCCAUUCUUAAUGCAUUUACUGCCGGCGUCAUCUACUAAUUUGAAAAAAAUUUUGGAGGAUUUAAGCAAACCUGAGUUGUUAUGGACAGACUACGGGUUGCGAUCUUUAGCUAAGACUGAUACCUUUUAUUUUAAGUGGAAUACUGAAAGCGAUCCUCCCUACUGGCGUGGACCGAUUUGGAUUAAUAUGAACUUUUUAGUUGUUCGCGCCCUUCAUUUCUAUAGAAGUGUGAAGGGUCCUUACAAAGAAGUGGCUAAUGAUUUAUAUAUCAAAUUGCGCAACAAUGUGGUAAAUACUGUAUUCAAGGAAUAUCAACGAACUGGUUACUUUUGGGAAAAUUAUGAUCCUCAGACAGGAAAAGGCCAAGGUGCCCACCCGUUUAAUGGAUGGACGUCACUGGUGCUGUUGAUGAUGGCUGAAAAUUAUUAA